AUGGCAACAAUUUCAAACUGUGGCACAACGAAAAGCAAACCACGUUUGGAUUUGGAUAAUCAUUCUUAUAUUGUGGAUCGAUCAAAAGGCGAAAAAACCUAUUGGCGAUGCAUUAAAUACUCAUCAGAUCGCUGUCGUUCUCGUCUUCAUACGUGUAAUUUCACGAACGCUAUCAAGAAGGGACCAACCGAACAUACAUGCAAAAUCAAUGGCACAACAGUUGAACUUAGGAUUUUCAAUGAAAGCAUCGCCCAUCGUGCUAUUAACACUCAAGAAACACCCGACACUAUCAUCACAAACUGCUACAGAGGUCUCUCGGAUCCAUCGCUAGCUCGUUUACCAAUACGCGAUAAUCUUAAACGUCGAGUACGAAUGCUACGACAGAAAAACCAAAUGGUGAAAGAACCCAAUGAUCCAAAUUUUCUUUCUGUUCCUGUUAAGUUGACUACAACCUUACGUAACGAUCAAUUCCUUCGAUGUGAUACAGGACCAGGUGAAGACCGAAUCUUGAUAUUCGCAAGUGAUGAGCAAGUCGAUAUACUGCAAGAUGCUGAAGAAUUUUUGGUCGAUGGAACAUUUAAAGUCGUUCCUGAAAUCUUUUAUCAACUCUAUAUUGUCCAUGGUGUAUUUCGUGAUCAUGUUAUCCCAUUGGUUUAUGCUUUAUUACGUCGAAAAACUGCUGACACUUACAAACGUCUUGUCCAUGAAAUAGUGAAUAUUGCACCUCGCUGGUCUCCUCGCACUAUUAUGCUUGAUUUUGAACAAUCUUAUAUUGGAGCAUUUAAAUCAGCAUUUCCUACUGUCCUGUUAUCUGGUUGUUAUUUUCACUUACGACAAAGUAUUCAUCGAAAACUACAAGCACUUGGACAUCAACAACAGUAUGAGACAGAUGCAGACUUCGCACACAACAUUCACAAGAUCGCUGCUUUAACUUUCUUGGACGAAAAUGCUGUCGUAAAUGGAUUCGAGCAUCUUUCAAUGAAUCUGACAUCCGAGUUUGAAAAUAUACUAGAUUAUUUCGAAGGAACAUAUAUUGGACGACUUCGAUCAAAUCGCACUCGACGAAAUCCUCUGUUUCCAAUCCCUUUUUGGAAUAUGCAUACCAGAACAACUCAAUCUAUGAUGCGAACCAAUAACUCAGCUGAGGCUUACCACCGACGAAUUGGUGCAGUCUUCCAGUGUGCACAUCCAACACUUUGGAUUUUCUUGGAGAAAUUAAUUAGUGAAGAAAAUAACAUUCACGCGGAUAUUCUUCAAGUAUGUGCUGGUCAACAACCAAAGAAGCGAAAAGUAAACGAACGGCUCGAACGACGACUAUUGAACUUGCUGUCGAACCCUCAUCAGGAUCUUUCGGCACAAAUUAAUGCAAUAGCGUAUAAUAUUUCAUUGUAA